ACAUACGCGCGAGCGCGACGCGCAACGCAACACACGAGUCUCGAUAACUCCGCGCUACCUAUCUCCAGCGACUACGACUUAUCUUCUAUUUUCCUUAGCCACCCCAGGCCCGAUAACGCUGAUACGACAGUUUCUCAUGCUCCGGGACCUUGUCAUGCCUAGUGCUCGCUUGUCCCGCUCCCCAACGGUUUUUCAAAGCGGAUUUUUCGUAAAAUGUGAGUAUUCGUUGCGUCAACUCGCCUCCGAAUCCACUUUUUUAGUGCGGGUCCGCGUUUGUGACGUGCCGUCCGAAUGAGUGGUGAUUGUGUUCGUUCUCCAAGUUGACCCCUCCAUGACCAACUUUUGACGCUGGUGCUUUUGACGUAUUUCACAUUGAUAAGCCUCUUCCAGAACCCUUCAAAUGACGAAUAGGGAUACCAUUCCAGACCUCAUGCAUGACUUUUUGGUACUUUCCUGGAAAAAUGUUACAUGUUACGCGGAGAAGCCUUCAAAGAAUCUUCACUCUUCUCCCAUUAUAUCUGAUGUUUCCGGAAUUGCUAAAUCUGGCACUUUGACAGCAGUAAUGAGCCCAAGUGGUGCUGGUAAAACCUCCCUCUUGGCAGCUCUGAACAAAAGGUCAAAAUGUCAUGUAGAAGGACAAAUUUUACUGAAUGGAUGCAAUGUGGACCAAGAGCUAAUGUCAAAGAUUUCUGGUUUUGUGCCACAAAAAGAUCUCUCCAUUGAAAGUCUCACUGUGCAAGAGCAUCUGGAAUUUAUGGCACGACUGAAAAUGGAUCGACACACUUCAUGGAAAGAAUUGUUGUUAAUCGUUACCAAUGUCAUUGAACAUCUUAGUCUCAGUCACAGGGCGGAUACUCAAUUAUCAGCGCUAUCUGGUGGCCAAAGAAAAAGAUUAGGCUUGGCUAAUCAGCUCCUGAUGAACCCUCAAAUCCUCUUCUGUGAUGAGCCAACGACAGGUCUAGACAGUUUUAGUGCAAUGAACGUGAUAAAAUUACUACGCCGCUUAGCGAAUGAAGGUAAAAUGAUAAUCUGCGCCAUUCACCAACCGACAUCAGGGGUGUUUGAAAAAUUUGAUUCUGUGUCUUUGCUAGUCAGUGGAGGAAAAUUGGCCUACCAUGGUGAAGUUUCCACAGUUUUGGAUCAUUUUAAAAAUAUUGGUUUGAUAUGCCCUCCCACGUUUAAUCAGGCUGAAUUUUUGGUCUCUACAGUGGCGACUCUCCCCACUGAAGAUGUAAAUAGCGAGCAGAAGAGAGUGAACCGCAUUGCUGAUAGCUUCAAACGCUCAGCCGCUUGUGCUGCUUUAUUGAAUGAGUUGGAUGCAAUUGGUUUUGGAUCCAAAGACAAAUGUAACCUCCAAUUUUCUGACCUUUGCAAAAUCCAACCAGCAAAACUCUCCACGCAGUUUGUGUGGUUAUUAUGGAGAUCUUACAUCAAUUUACGUCGCACAUCUCAAGCCAACUUUGCUCGAUUCUGUUUGUACGCGUUGGUCAUGUUGAUGGUGUCAGUUCCAUACGCAGAUCUUCAAAUUAAUCAAACUGGAAUCCAAAACCUGCAGGGUUUAUUGUACAGUGCAAUGGCUGAAAUUAUCUUUAGUUCAGCGUACAGUGUUUUAUUUACGUUUCCCGAAGAAAUUCCUGUGUUUCUAUAUGAUGUUGGUGAUAAUGUUUACUCUACAUCAGCUUAUUAUACAUCAAAAGUAGUCAUGAUGCUUCCAAGGACAAUAAUAGAAACGUUCUUAUUGAGUAGUAUCGUUUUUUGGAUAACUGGUCUGAGAGGUGGCAUUUCUGGUUGGUUCGAAUUUGCAAUUCGGAUGAUUUUCGGUGCAAUAACUGCCACAUCUUACGGUGCUUGCUUAUCAGCAACAUUUGAAUCCAUUAACACAGCCUCUUUAGUAUCAGUUCCUGUUGAUUUUAUUGGCUCUACUUUUGGUGGGCUGUUCAUUCAAUUGCGGUCACUGCCGUUUUACAUGGCCUGGAUCAAAUACAUCUCCAUGUUCUUCUACACAUUUGAGUUGUUGUCCAUUCAACAAUGGAGAGGCGUAACAGAUAUUCCGUGCUCUAAAAGUGUCGACAAUGUCUGCUACACAACAGGUGAGCAGGUCCUGCAUUCGUAUGGACUACAGUCAGAGAACAACACUCUGGAUUUCUUUGGACUCAUCGUCAUGUUUUGCAUAUUUCAUGUCAUAGGAUUUUUUUCUCUUCUGCGGCGGAGUCAGCAAGUUGCUGCUUACUAAUUGCUCAUUACUGCAUCAUAUUAACGCACAUCUUUUUUAUCUCACCCAAUUUUUUUCUUGGUUUAUUUAUUUCUCAUUCCUGUUUUGAGAAUGAAAUUCGAUGUUGUUGUACCAUUAAUGCACCUCUGAACUGUUCUUUAAUUUUCUGUUUUUAUAGUUGGCUAUACAAAUUUGAAUUUUCUCCCUUUCAAAAUUUUAACUGAAUUUCGAAAGGAAAAAUUCUAUCUUCAACUAAGUUUUCCUCAAAAAACAGGAAAAAAUUGAUGGACUUUUAUUUUUCUGCUUCAAUUGAGCAAAGCAUAAAUCACUGAAAAUUUGCUCAUAAUUUUGUUGGACUGAUUAUAGCUGAUUAUUAGAAAAUUAUUUGGAUGUAUGCUUUUUCUUUCUUUUCUUUUUUUUGAUCGAAUUAAUAACAAAGAGAGAAUAAAGGACGAGCUGAUUAUAAAUUAAAGGAACAAUCAAAUCUCCUUCUAAUUUUAUGAGCUUUUACUGAUCAUAAAAAUUUGUUUUGUACAUUUUCUUUAAGUUUUUGGUCAUUUUUAAAUAGAUAUAAGCUUGAAAAUGAAGGUACUUACAAAUGUACCAGCAAUAUAUGUGGGAGAAAAAUAUCAACAAAUUGCACUACUUUUCAAAUGAAAUAAAUGAGAAGUGUAAUAGUUAUAUGCUCGGCCUAAUCAAAAUUGCAGCUUUGAAUGGUUUGUUAAUUUUUUUGUAGUUUAUUUUCAAUUUUUUACUUUAUUGGAUCAAAGGAAAGUAGUUUCCAUUUUUAUGCAGUCACAUAUCCAAAUGAUAGAAGAAAGUUUCUCUUGAAAGUAAUGUAACUAUCUCUUUUUUCUUUACUUUUUUUUAGAAAAAAGCCAAUUGAAACUCGGAUACAAUCAUUAAAGCUGAAUGUUAAAGGGGGUUAUCCCUGCAUUAUAUAACCCUUAAAUAAUAGUCAUCUGUUACCCCAUUUCACCUCAUGGUGACUUGAUUUGUUUUUAGUGCUCUAGUCAAGAGGAAAAACUGCCAAUUUAUAAAUAGUGUAUCACUUUGCAGAAUCAUUCACUAUACCUUGUAAUACUCAAUACAACUGGCCAAAAUACUCCUCUGUCAAGUUUUAUCUAAUUUUAGAAUGACUCCAACAAGAACUUAUGAGUCUUCUUUCUCCAUAAUUUGUUUUUUUUUUUUUUAAAUUUUUUUCUUUCUUUUUUUUUUGAACUAAUGUAUCUAUUGAUUUAACCCCCUCCGAGUGCAGUCUCAGAGGGAAAAAAAAUUAUUUCUGCAUUUUGAGUGAGGAUGUCAACAGAAAAUAUUCUGAUGGUCACUACAGAGCCGUCUUGCAAAAUUAGACCUCAUAAAAAGACAGUUUGUUUCAUAUCGCAGAGUGUUUUUCACCUAGCUCUCUCAUAAUCACAAAGUGUCAUUUUAGCAUUAUUUUUUCUCAAGUGAAGAAUUUUAACCAUGAUCUAAGAUCUGAGUGCUUAAUUAGCCCAAUCUGCACAGUAAGUUCCCUACACACCAAGUCUUGGCAGAUAAUACUCUCAAGUAGUUUAAAUUUCAUGAAUAGAAUAAUGUUCAGCAAACAAGCAUGCGUAAAUAUUGGGUAUAUUUUGUAAAAUCUCCACCUCUGCUAAAAUUUCAAGUGAAAAUGUAUUUUUUAGAAAUUGGCGUAUCCAUUAGGCUUCUAAGUCUCUCCUUUAAAUUACGUAUUAAUGUCUUGGUUGUUUUUAAAAAGUUAAAACUAAGUUUUAAGUCUCUCAAAGUGCCAUCGUUUACAAUAUUAAUUUUACCCUGUAUUUAGUUUUUGGCUUUGCAAGCUCUUUUAUAGUGAUCGGCGACGUCACUAUUUAUUUUAUUUUCACUAUCUUUAAUUUUUUCUUGGUGUAAACAAUUUUAUCUUUGCUAACCGGCUGUUAAAAAUAUACUGUGUAUAGAAGUAGGCUUGAAUGAAUCAUUAGGUGCCUUGAUAAAAUCAAAUUGAUGACUGAAGUCUGAACCACACAUCUCAGUUGCAGAAUUUUCAUUCCUAUUUUAUUUUUCUGAAGAAAACUAAUCACAUUUGCUUUAAAUCACAUUGCUUUAAAUUUGCGCAGAUAGCAUUCAAGCAGUGAAACAAUGAUGACUUUGAUCAGUUUUUCAUUAAAAAUAUCAAGUAUGAUUGGAAAUUUGCAAUAUCGCAAACUGAAAAAUUCCAUAUCAGACUUUAUCAAUCAAAAUCUUGCAAUUUUGUAAUUAAAUUAGGUCAGUAGGGAGCUAUUCUCAGUCAACUAAUAAUAAGAUUGUUUGAAAUAAAUGUUAAGAUCUGAAAGUUCCCCUCUCGUGUUUAUGCUCUCUCUUGCUCUUUAAGGAGCAUUCAAACGUUCAAUAAGCAGCAAAAUUGAUUUUUUUAUCAUGUCUUCUUACAACAGUUAUGUAUUUAAAAUCGUGUGUGUUACUGUUGUCUUUUCGUUAGUUUUUUUUUAUAUUGUUUUCAUUUUAUAUACUCUCACUCUACAUUUAAAUGUUAUCUCGUUAAAUAUGAGACUUUGUCUACCUGGGUGAAUCAACUCGAAACUUUUUGAGGAUUUAUUUCUGAUAAUUUGUGCAUAACUUUUUUGAAAAAGUUACAAGAACUCACAAUUUUACUCAUUGUGUGCCUGAAAAAUUUGCUACAAAGAGGUAAAGUUCAGGUAAAAUUAAAUACCUUUUCUCGGGUUUUUUUUUAAAGUUAUUUUUACAGGAGAAAAAUCUUGUCGAUUUUUUGUCCAAUGCUGUUUCAUACUGACCCCUUAUUUAUCAUUUCUAAGUGUUGUUAUUGUAAAUAUGAGGUAUUAUUAAUGCUUAUGGCUCAGAAGAAGCUUACCGGUAUGAAUCAUCGAUCAGAUUUUUAUUAAUUUUGAAUGAACCUCUGACGUAUGUAUUGUGCCUCUAUCAACAAAUAAAAUUUUUCUUGCCACAGAA